AUGGCCAAGAUCCCCACUCCUCAGCUCUUCCGCGAUCCUUGGGCGAAGAGGGAGGCCUGGCGGAAGCACCCCAUUUUCUCUAACCGUGCCAUGUUCAGCAAGAUGUUCCCUGGAUUUGGUGUCGCAGUCGUGGCGUUCACUACUUACGUGAUCGUGGACAACCUCUUCCUUCAGACCGGAGGAUCACACUGA